AUGUCUUUGAAUCUCGGCCCAGCCAGCUCUCGCUUUCACAAUGGAAGACAGGCUACCGACGAGGGCGGGAGGCUGAUCCGAAGGAAGAAGAGCCAACCAAUCCUUUCGCCUCUUGUCGGCCUCAUUCGACAUCCCUUGGGAACUCUGGCCAGCGCAAUCAAACACUACAACGAUCCCACUAUUGCAGCAGCAGAAGCAGCAGCCGCACAUAGGCAGGCCUUGUACUUGCGCCUCGAAAACGCCACAACGUUCGCCGAUUGGAAGGCAGUCGCAACAGAGCUCGACCUGCUCGAAGGGAAUGAGGCCUGGAAAGAGGCAGAAGAGUCCCAUGAAUAUGACUAUGCGCUCGUCGCCGCCCAGGUCAAGGGGCUGGAAGAAGCCCGUGUGAGCUGCGACGUCGAGCGGUUACUGUUUCUCGUUCGGACUUCGCUCACGCGUGGACUGGGCCACAUGGGCCAAUUGCGGCUGUACAAGCAUUCGCACAUUGGCACCAAAAGGCUGAUUGAGAGAUAUAUUGAUUCCGUCCAACAGACCAUUGCAGUCUUGAUAGACGUUGCCAAACGGCAGGGAGCAGAGUGUCCCAUCCAUCCUGUCGAGCUCUUACGACAAUUGAACGACACGCGCCAGGCCUUUGGACGCACCGCCUUAUUGUUAUCAGGAGGUGGCACUUUUGGCAUGAACCACAUUGGUGUCAUCAAGGCCUUAUGGGAGGCCCGCCUACUACCACGUAUAGUUUCCGGUGCCUCGGCCGGAAGUAUAGUGGGUGCCGUCUUGUGCGUCAAGACGGACGCGGAGAUACCCCAGGUCCUAGAAGAGUUCUGUUACGGGAAUUUGAACGUCUUUGGCGAAUCCGAGAGCCUCGUUGGCCUGUUGACCCGUCUGCUAAAGGACCGGGCGCUCUUCAACAUUGUAUACCUCAAGGAAGUCAUGAGAGAGCUCUUGGGCGAAAUCACUUUUCAAGAAGCCUAUAACCGUACCCGGCGGAUCUUGAACAUCCCCGUGUCUUCUUCAUCCGUUCAUGGGCUACCUCGGCUGUUGAACUUUUUGACGGCACCCAAUGUUCUCAUCUGGUCAGCCGUAUGCACCUCAUGCUCGGUUCCACUGGUAUACACCGAGUCGACUCUUGAAGCCAAGGACCCACGAACCGGACAAAAUGUACCUUGGGAUAUUCCCGAAACCACUUGGAUUGACGGCUCUGUCGACAAUGACCUACCCAUGGUUCGCUUGGCCGAAAUGUUCAACGUGAAUCACUUCAUCGUCUCCCAGGUCAACCCUCAUGUCGUCCCAUUUCUGGACAAGGAGGAACAAAUGGUGGCGGAUCAAGUCGACGGCCACUGGGCGAUUGGAUCGGCGUUUGCGGCAGAUGCAGCUAUUCUUGCAAAAGAAGAGAUUGUAUAUCGCCUCCAGCAAUCAGCCGAACGAGGCAUCCUGCCGCACUGGACUACCAAGAUCAGCUCCAUCCUCAACCAACAGUACUCUGGCGACGUCAACAUCUUUCCUAAGAUUGCCUACGCUGAUUUCCCCAGAGUGCUCAGCAACCCGACGCAGGAAUACAUGCUCGGCUGCAUGGUCACCGGACAACGGGCUACAUGGCCUAAGCUCUCCCGGAUACAGAACCAUGUCGCAAUCGAGCAAGCCAUCCAGAGAGCACAUUUGGAAGCGACAGAGUGGGCCACUUUUGGAGAUUCUCAUCCUAUCAGGAGACUACAGUCCGCAGGCGAGCUCUCCGGCCACAACCGGUCCAAGUCGCUUCAUGAGAUGUCGUUAUGCGACCCCAUCACUACCCCGUCCAGUCCCGUUCUCAGUAAAACCGCGCCUACCAGCCCGUCGAUGUCUCGCAGACGUGCAGUCCAAUUCUCAUGUGGGCCAGAUGAAGACGUCGAUAGCCCAGCCCAGCCCCGGCGGACAUCCUUUUCGCACCUGCUGCGCGACGACGACAGUGCAGCAAGCGCAGCCAUCUCCGACCACGACUACUUUGCCUCGUCCUCGUCGGGCCCAGACGACGACUCCGAGCCUUCCUCACCUAUCACCACCACCAACCGACUGUCCACAAUCACAUCCGCACCCUCACCCCUCGUAUCCCCCAAGACCACAGACCAAACAGUCUCCACAGCCUCGACCCGCGAACGCCGCGCCUUCCUCCUCGCUAACCUCGCCAUGACGCCCGCCACCGCUGAAACACCCGCCACAACGACAUCGACAGCGAUUCCCCCACCCGCACCCGCUUCCGCCAUGCCCACACUGCCCAGUUCCCCAGAGCGCCGAUACAAGAGCCGCUUCCAUCCCCCGGGCCCCGUGGCUCCGGAUCCAAACGAGGGAAGCGCGCCUUCUUCGUCGUCGGAUCGCGAUGCGAGGCCGGUGCCGCAGAUUCGUUUGCCCAGGGUCAAGGGCGCGAGCAGGCUGGCGAGUCCGACGAGUCCGGACAAGGGGAGUAGUCGUGGGGGGGAAGAGAUGGCGGGGUUGGGGUUGGGUUUCUUUUUGUAG